AAGCUGGGUGGGAAAAGCUGGCAAAAAUCCUAUCCCCACUUCCUCCCAGCAGCAACGAGGAUGCCCAGCUGCGCUACUGCUGCCACCUCGCGGGGCGAGGCGCGGCCCCUUUAAGGCGGCGCGGAGGGCACUGUCCCUUUAAAAGGCGGCGGGGGGGGCCGGGCGGGAGGCGGCGGCGGCCGGGGCCAUCGCCUGCCCGCCGGGUUUUCCCCCCUUCCUGCCGGCCCGGCGUUCGCAGCCGCCCGUUAAAAAGAGGAGGCAAGAUGGCCGAGCUGGGCAGCAAGGGGGUCACGGCCGGGAAGAUCGCCAGCAACGUCCAGAAGAAGCUGACCCGGGCGCAGGAGAAGGUCCUUCAGAAGCUUGGGAAAGCAGAUGAAACAAAAGAUGAGCAGUUCGAACAGUGCGUGCAGAACUUCAACAAACAGCUGUCUGAAGGCACGAGGCUGCAGAAGGACCUCCGAACUUACUUGGCUUCUGUAAAAGCUAUGCACGAGGCCUCCAAGAAGCUGACAGAGUGUUUGCAGGAAGUUUAUGAGCCGGAUUGGCCUGGGAGAGAUGACACAAAUAAAAUAGCAGAGAACAAUGAUCUCCUCUGGACGGAUUUCCAUCAGAAGCUGGUGGAUCAGGCACUUCUGACCAUGGAUACGUACCUUGGCCAAUUUCCAGAUAUUAAAUCCCGUAUAGCGAAGCGAGGAAGGAAGCUUGUGGAUUAUGACAGUGCCAGACACCAUUUUGAAGCCCUGCAAACCGCGAAGAAGAAGGAUGAAACCAAAAUCGCAAAGCCUGUUUCACUGCUUGAGAAAGCCGCGCCUCAGUGGUGUCAAGGGAAGCUACAAGCUCACCUCGUUGCGCAAACUAAUCUGCUCCGAAAUCAGGCUGAAGAAGAGUUAGUAAAAGCUCAGAAGGUGUUUGAAGAGAUGAACGUUGAUCUGCAGGAGGAGCUGCCUUCGCUAUGGAAUAGUCGUGUUGGUUUCUACGUCAACACAUUCCAGAGUAUAGCAGGCCUAGAAGAGAACUUCCAUAAAGAAAUGAGCAAGUUGAACCAAAACCUCCAUGAUGUCCUGCUGGGUCUAGACAAGCAGUACUCAGCCAACGCCUUCCCCAUUAAAGCACAGCCCAGUGACAGCACCCCAGCGAAAGCAAAUAAAAGCCCCUCGCCUCCACCAGAUGGAUCGCCCAUCACCAGCCCUGAGACCAAGACUGUCAACCAUGAGCUGGAACCGUCUACUUUGGAAGCGCCUGGGGCAAGCAUCCCAAAGUCACCAUCUCAGUUGAGGAAAGGGCCUCCGGUGCCUCCGCCUCCAAAAGUCACCCCCUCCAAGGAGAUCAAGCAGGAGAACAUCAUCAGUCUGUUUGAUGACAAUUUUGUCCCUGAGAUAAGUGUGACAACCCCUUCGCAGUUUGAUGCCCCUGGGCCCUUCCAGGAGGGAGCCAGCCUGUUGGAUCUGGAUUUUGAUCCCAUUAAACCAGAUGCCACUGUGGGGAAGACCCCCACACCUGCCUCCCAGUCUUUACCUUGGGAUUUAUGGGAGCCUGCAGAAGCAGCCCAUGCAGGAGCUGAAGCAGCUGGAUCAGAAGCAGCAGCUGGAGCUGAAGCAUCUAAAACCGAGGCCGAUUCAGGAUCGAGCUCUCUGCCUGCUGUUGUUGUGGAAACUUUCCCUGCUACCGUCAAUGGCACUGUGGAAGGAGGCGCUUCGUCUGAAAGAGCUGACAUGCCCCCAGGAUUUCUGUUCAAGGUCCAGGCCAUGCAUGAUUACACGGCCACCGACAGCGAUGAGCUGCAGCUGAAGGCUGGGGAUGUGGUGCUUGUGAUUCCAUUUGAGAACCCUGAGGAGCAGGAUGAAGGAUGGCUGAUGGGUGUGAAGGAGUCUGACUGGAUCCAGCAUAAGGAACUUGACCAAUGCCGAGGGGUUUUCCCCGAGAAUUUCACAGAGCGGGUGCAGUGAAAGCCGAAGCCCACCAGCUGCAUUUCUGCUGGAAGAAAGCAAGUUUUCUGGUAGAUAAUUGAAAAAGAACAGCAAAACGAAGAGAAGAGAGAAUUUUAAAGGAACAGAAGACUGGAGAAAAAAAAAAAGUCAGCUAAAAGGGUGUGUUCUUCUCAAAGGGCAAGGUUUCAGAAGUAAAUUGAAAUUCAGAGUGUUACCAAAAUAUAUACGUAUUAAUAAUAAUAACACAAGUCAAAUACCCUCUUCCCCCUUUGGUUUUAACAGCAUUUGGAUUCAGAGGACUGAUGCAGAAGCAACUCAGUGUGGUUCUAAAUACGGCAUUGACUGAAUUGGCGAGAUGUCAGUCUGAUCCUUGGAAAGGCAGCAUUUGCCUAAUAGCUUGAGAGUAGAAGCUGCAUUUACUCUUGGGUGGGUUGGUUCUUCUGUUUUGUAUCGAAGGUGGCUUGCAUGGCAACCGUAAAAACUCAGCCUUCCCUACGUGUUCAACCUACAGUAGGCCAAACUUUCUGUUAUGCUGUUGAAAAAAUACUUAGUGUAUAGUAUUCAUCAAUACAAUGUACGUGUGUGUGUGUGUAUUACUUUCUUCCUUUAAAACGUUACACAAACUGUGAUUUUUGUACAUGUAAAGACAGAAGAAACUACAUGGAAAGGGCACUGAGAAGAUGAAAUUUGUGAAGCUGUGCUCAGUCCAGAGUUCUUUCAAAUGCAGACACCUAAAUUCUUGCAGUAGUAUUGGCCUGUGAAAUGCUAAGGGGAAAUGGACAAAUUCAAGAGGAGAAACAAGACAAAACAAGCAGAUGCCAUUUAGAUGGCUCUGAAAUUUAGGAGAGGGAAUCCUCUGCCCCCAAAAGCCUGUAGGCAUUUGCAGAAAAGCUUAGAUUCAUGUAGGUGGAAGAUAGAUCUAAAAUCUGGCUGGUUAGAAAAUUUGCUUUUAAAGAAAGAUACGGGAAGAAAAAUUAUUUUCUGAAAGAAUGUCUAAGAGAAAACACCGAGGAAAAACGAAUUUGCUUUCUGUGUUUUUAAUUGGCAUUGUUAUUUGUGGAAUUGUAUUUCUUAUUUUCCUUUGAAGAGUUCUGUAAGUGAAAUAUUGUUAGAUCAGCUUUCUCCAGUGCUGUGCUGGUGAUCAAGUUAAUCUCUAUGAAAACUGGACUCUUGAAGUACUCAUUUAAAAUGGCUGCAUGACUUCAUGAUAUUUUAAUGCAUUAGAAAGGAAGGCAAGAAUAUCAGUCUCAGUCAAGAAGACACUCUGCAGUCUAAUACUCAUGCUGAGACCUUUCCUAUACCUUUCCUUUGCUCCUGUUUGUUUUUGUUUUUUGUGUGUUUUUUUUUUUUUAGUUUAAACAAGCAGAUGACAAGGCUGUUUCAAAGUGCAUAUUACACUUGUUAAAAUAAGCUGGUCUGACCCUCCAAGACUCUAAAGUCCCACAAAGGUACUUUAAACUUUACUUGAAUACUGAUGCAGCUGGCAAGCAGCUCGGGCUAUUAUAAUUUUUUCAUAUAAUUCCGCUCCCCCCAAUCUUUUUGCCUUGAAGGGAUUUUUAACAGUGAGGUUACCUCCUGCUGUAAAGGGACAGGAUCACUCUCUGAAAUAAUCUUCCCAACCAUUAGGAGCUGGCUUUUGUCAAAGAUGCACAGGAUGCUGACACGCACUACUAAAAAUCCCACCUUUUCCAAUCUGUUUUGAGUAUUUGUAGGACAACAGGAAAAAAAAUUGUAGGAUAAAAGUGUUUGGUUUUCUUAAUUUUAGUUCAGAGGGAUAGAUCAGAUUUUGAUUAGAAAAUAUGCUCUUAUAAAAGCAAGAAUUUAUUUCAGCUUGGGAGGUGAUCUGUGCUAGUUAUUUACAGCAAUGUAACAGGCAUCGAAAUCUGUCCUAUACACCCAAAUCCCUUCUCUCUCUCUUUUUUUAAAUAAAUGUGCAGGAACUUAUACUUUACGUCACUGUUACAAAAGCCAAUAGUAUUUAGGAGUAACUGCUCACAAUACAGAAGGACUGGACUCCACAAGUUACAGUAUGGUGAGCCAUUGCUUUAGAAUACUGCCCUGGUUUUCGUGAUUUUUUUUUUUUAUUUUAUUUUCCUUCUUUUCCACUGGGGUUGUCUUUAUUGUUACAAAUGUCUUUUUUUCUAAAAUAUCUAUUUUUAUGCAUUUGUGACUCCCCAUUACUCCUUUAAAAUAUAUUCAUAAAAAUAUACAUUUAAAUAUACAUAGAAAUAUAUAUUAAAAAGCGGGUUGACCCAAUUAACAUAGUGCUGUCAGCUUAAAAUGUUUAUUUUUAUGCAAAACCUGUGGAUUACUGUUUUUUUAAAAAAGGACAAGAUUCUAAGUACCAGAGCUGUGAUUUUUUUGUCUUGCAAGUACUUGUUGUAGAGCAUUUAAAAGCUGUGCUGAUACCUAAUUUAUUGUGGGGUUUUUUGCUGUUGUUGUUGUCGUCUUCUGCUGUGUUUGAACCAGAUGACUGUCCCAACAAAGAUCCUUGUAAGGCCUUUUCAUUUUAUUGAGCUUGCAAAGCAACUAUCCAGUACUGUAUUGUCCCUGCAGAAGUGGUAACGCUCUGCAAAAAGGGGAUGUUGUUUUUCAGGUCACAUGAGUGAUGCUCAGAUAUUGCUUGUGGGGAGGAUGUUGUAUUUCUCUCCAUUUGCUUCCCCCCAGCGCAAACAUCCCAACCCCCCAAAACCCCUUGCUUAGAGCAGCAGGUGGGGUGGGUUACCUGGGUCUUGCAUUGCUCACAAAUAAGUGGUGUCAGCACAUCUCAGUCAAAUGCAGGAUCAGACCCACUGUUUAUAAAUUGCCUUAUGUGAGAGUAGGAUGGCAUAGCAGGAAGCUUGUAGAUGGCAAUGUUUUUUGGAGCUGGCUUAUCUCCUGGGUCGUGUUCAGCCCAUUGUAAACAGCCACGACUUCUCCCAUUUUCAGUAUUUUUACAUUUGCUAAAUACCUUAAUUCUGGUUGGUAUUACCUGGUAAAAUGAACUUCCCAUUUUCUUUGGCUUAGGACUGAUUCAAAUAAAGAGGGACAGUAAAUUCCCAAGUAGGCUGUGCCCACGCUGGUUUUUCAGUUUGCGGGCUGAACUGAAAGAUCUGGGGAAAAAUGUUUUAAGGGUGACCUGAGACAAUUUUUUUUCAUUUUCUCAGUGGAAUAAAAGAGGAGAAAAUCAAAACAUUUUAAAAAAUCCUUUCAAAUUAAAACAAAACAUUCAUUUGUAGGGCUGCUUUUUCACUUUUUUAAAAAAACAUUAUGACUUGGGCUAUAACAAGUUGCUUUGAAGCAAAAAUGUGAAUCCUUCUGUUUUGAAAAUGCUGAAAGAAAAUGUUUCCAUGCUAAUAGUCUUUUUGCCUUUGCCUUUUUUUCUUAAUCUGAUGACUGGUUUCAGUUUAGAAUAAACUGCAUUUUUUUGGUGAAUACAUUAUCCACUGAAGAGAACCCAAAGCCGCCUAUUGCCCAGUUCUGCUCCGUUGACAGGUACACUGGACACAUUUACCUGGUAUCUGGCCCAGCAAAGCUGCUGCUUCCCCAUCUAAUAAUCUUCCACUUGCUUGUUUUACUGGGUGAACAACAAAAGCAUCUGUCAUCCCAUGCCAUUGACUCUUUUUGUAGCCUGGCUUUUAGAAAGACAUUCUUGCUCUAUUGGUCACUGGUCACAGAUUUAUGACCAUAGAUGUAUGAUGCUACUCCAAGUUGAGCCUAAUCUCAUUGUGCAGUGGGAAUUAUCAUUUGCCCAACUGAUAAGAAAGAAACAAGGCAUUGCUUUUUCUCCUUUUUUCUAUCUUAGUAAUGUAUCUUUAUUAGAUAGAAUUAGGGAAACGUCCCAGGGUAAAGAUGAAUGCGUUGUUCCAGGCGAGACUCCAGCAUACUCUCUGCUACUUUCCAUGGGCAUUCCUCAACUGUCUGCUUUUACCACCUUUGCGUUUCCUGGCUGUGAAGGUGAUGCAGUAAAAGGGAUUGUGCAGGCUUCAUUCCACCUGCUCAGAGCUAGUCCUCCUUUGUGAUCUGUUUGCCACAAUCCUUGAAGCUUUGUUCACAGUUGCAGACCCCUUUCCUGUCCCACUAUCCAAAGACCGUGGCCACUGUGGCCAAGGCAAACACCCCUAAGUCAAAGGGGUCUCUUUUUUAUGACCUGGAGUAGGAGUGAGGGCUCCUUAUUCUGCCUGGAAUUGGCGCAUCAGCUCAGUUAAAUUUUGCAACAGCCUUCUGAAGGAAAAAGGCCCAAGGCUAAGGAGAUGCUAGGGGAGGAUGGAGGGAUGAAACAUUAUCUUUUUCAUUUUGGGUUGAUGCGCUGACUGCCUCGCCUCUUGGUUCCAGGGAGAUUCAGAACCUCUUUAGAGCGGAGAACAAAAUGUGAGUAGUCAAGAUGUGCAUGGUCAAUAUGAUAAUAGGUGUCUCUUUCUUGAAAAGGACACAGAGUUCAGAGUUUCCUUUCCUGCUCUGUGCCAGGCAGAUUGAAAGCGCUCUGCCACUUUUCUAGAUGUCUUGGAUGCUGUGCAGUCUGUACCCCAAAACAGUGAAUGUCCUUUGCUGGAGGAUGCAGAGGUGCCUCUCUCAGCCCUUUUUAAGAAGAGGUACUGAUCUUCUGCAGACAAGGCCUGUGUGCUUCUAACACAGUAGCCUCCGAUUUCAGUAGCAUCUGUGUCUUUCAGCAUCUGGCCCCACUCUCCAGCUCCUCCUGCUUCCCAGCCUCUCCCAUGCUCUUUGAGGAUAAUGGUAACAUAGGGCAGCCUAAAGGGCAAAGCUAGAAGAUGCACAAAUGUGUCCAGCAGUGUAGCUUGAUAAUGCUGAUAUCAGGAAAACAAGCAGCAGCUCUUCUCUGGACUGCCAAAGGGAAGCUAUUCCUUGCCACACAGGUAGUCACAGCUGGCACUCGUGCAGACACCUUUCUGCUUGCAUGCUGUGGUUUAGAUGUUUCUGAGUAGCAAACUCUGGAUGGAAAGGGGUCCUGUGUGGUGCCCAGAUUGUGUCUUACGAAGCUCUUGAGCUCUUAUGAAGCUUGGGGUCAGCUACACCCCUUGUGUAGUUGAUACAUGGGGCUGAGAAUUAGAAAGCUGUUUCAGAAAUUUUGUUAAUGCAAGUAAAUGGAGAAACUACAGCCGUGAAGGCUGGUCUGUAUCAACUUGUACUUUGAUGUGUCUUAUGGCUAUAAUUCCUUCAUCUGUUUUUACAGCCUAUUCUGCUAAUCCGGUCCCCAGUCUGCAUUUCAUGUAGACUGUCCUACUUGAAACUUGCCAGAUGCAGUCCUGGGCUUAUUGCUUCUCUUUAACUGAAUCAAAUGGCAAUGACUUUGGCAAUGUAUUGGCAAUCUCAUUUCCUUCUGUUAAUUCAGUCUCUGAGUUUAACCACAAUGACCUGAGAAAUGUUUGGGUUUUGAGUGUUUUUAAAAUAAUUUUAAUUUUUGUUUUGUUUAAACAAAGCUGAACAAUUCCCAUUGUAUUCAGAGCUGUGAUGCCCAGUUCCAGUGACAAGUACUAGACUUGAUUUGUCCCAUUUUGUUUCUUGGCGAUGUUCAGAAAUAUAAUUUGUGUCAUCCUAAA